CAAAGAAUUUGUAAAUCUGGCGUUCGGAUUUACUUCUUAUAGCCAGUAAAUCUGCGGUCUGCUUACCGCUCUCAAGAAAAUGUCUGGGCCGAAAGCUGUAAGCCAGGGAUACGUUGCAAUGCUGAGGCCCACGAAAGACCUUGAAUCCGCCUCACAAACGAUGAUGGCGACCCUGAAAAAGAAGUUAUAUAAAGUCACAUAGUCUGUCCCUCAGUCCUUUGCAAAUGAGGUAUCACUCGCAGCUGCACAAAGUCAUCCUAUUCUUACUCGUCGUCCCCACACAUACACCUUCGUCACUCCAAUCGCAUACCAACAUGGUCAAGACUAUUCCUUUUGGCGCUAUUCGCGUCCCUGUACCGGGAUUCGGUGCAAUGGGCAUCACAUCGGCCAUGGGAACUAGGCUCUCGGCCGAGCAGGCGGAGCCGGUGCUCCUGAAAGCAAUCGAGUUGGGCUGUACCUUUUGGGACACUGCUGUUGCCUACGACGCAGGCCUCAAUGAGAAGAUUCUCGGGGACUUUAUCCGCAAGCACAACGUCCGUGACAAGGUCUUUGUCGCUUCCAAGUGUGGCUUUGAUGUCUUCAAGGACCGCAGUGUCACCAACUCGAGAUCUCACAUCCGGGCUUAUAUCGACGGUACCAUCGAGAGGCUAGGCUUCGCCCCAGACCUGUACUACUUGCAUAGAAUCGACCCGAAGACACCUCUGUCGGAGUCCAUAGCUGCUCUUGAUGAGAUCCGGAAAGAGGGAAAGACCAAGUACAUCGGACUGUCAGAGUGUUCUGCCAAGACACUGCGCGAGGCCAACUCGAUCGCAAAAGUUGAUGCAGUUCAAGCGGAGUAUUCUGCCUUCGAAACUCUCCACGAGGAGAGCGGUCUCAUCCAAACGGCCAAGGAGUUGGAUGUUGCCUUUGUAGCAUUCAGUCCAUUGGGCCAUGGCUGGUUGGUCGACAACUUCGACUACCAAAGCCCCGAAGAUUUCGCGCCCGAUGACUUCCGUCGAACUGUCCCCAAGUUCCAAGGAGAGAGCUUCUACAAGAAUAAAGCUAUUGUGGAUGAGAUGAAGAAAAUCGCUGCCGAAAAGGGCUGUUCUCUCGCCCAGCUUGCCCUGGCCUGGGUAGCUGCUCAAGGUCUCAUCACUAUUCCGGGCACCACCAAGCCGAAGAGGCUGGAGGAGAACUGGGCCUCCCGGGAUGUAGAGUUGACUGAGGGUGAAAUUCUUGCCAUUAGAAAAGUAGUGGAAGCCAACAAGCCAGAGGGAAAGAGAUUCUCAGCGAUGCAUGAGGCCGCAGUCGGUCACUAGCAUGCGCCCAGGGCCGCCGGGGUUCGUGGCUUGGCUAUUUGGCGACCAGAUGUCAGUCUCAAGAGCGGAAACAUGAAUUAAAGAACCGGAUAUAAAGAUGAAUUCCUCGUUGUCACCUUGUGGAAGGGCUCCCACACACCCGCUCCGCCUUCGGAAGAAUAACCCGGAGGAGUUCCG